AUGAAAUUGUUACCUACCCUUUCGGAAGACCACAGCGCGCGGACGACGUCACUAAAGGACAUAGCGCAUGUCACAAUCGGCGAAACAUACAUCGAGGAGGACCCGUCGGUAGCAGAAUGGUUCCGCGAAUGUAUUCCGACUUCACAUGGCGCCGCAGAAUACGUACGCGAGUUGUUCCCGAGUGCACGGUGGCUGAGACGAUAUAAUCUACAUUGGCUGGCUGGAGAUGCUAUCGCUGGUAUCACGGUCGGCCUUGUAGUGGUUCCGCAAGCCAUGGCAUAUGCGUCGCUCGCUCGACUGUCACCUGCCUUCGGCCUGUACACAACGUUCACAGGCGCAUGUAUAUACUGGAUCUUUGGAACAUCCAGAGACAUCGUGAUAGGUACGACAGCAGUUGGGUCGCUACUGAUCGGAAGCGCAGUCAGCAAAGUUGAAGCCGAGCACCCCGGCGUAUAUCAGCCCCAGGAGAUAGCACAUGCGAUAAGCUUCCUUGCUGGCAGCAUUCUUCUAGUCUUCGGUAUCCUUCGUUUUGGAUUCAUCAUUGAGUUCAUUCCAUAUAUUCCCAUCUCCGCCUUCGUCACAUCCGCCAGCAUCACCAUCAUCUCGACACAGUUGCCGACCUUGAUGGGUGUAACAGGGAUCAACACACGUGAGUCUCCGUACAAGGUGUACGUCAACUUCUUGAAGGGCCUACCCAGGGCAAGACUUGAUGCGGCUAUUGGUAUCACAUCCAUUGUGCUCCUAUACCUGAUCAAGAACCUGUGCGCUAAGAUGGAGGUACGACAACCACGAAAGAAGAAAAUGUGGUCUUUGAUCUCUUCACUACGCCUCACGUUCACCAUUCUGCUCUACACCCUUGUUAGCUGGCUCGUACACCGAACAACUCCUGCCGGCCAAGAAAAGUUUCGAAUAGUAGGCCACAUCGAGAAGGGCUUCAGUCACGCUGGCGUGCUUUCAAUGGACGGAAAGCUCUUCGGCUUGGUGGCAUCAGAGCUCCCGGCGAUUAUCAUCAUCCUCAUCGUUGAACACAUUGCCAUCGCCAAAAACUUCGGUCGCAGGCACAAUUAUACCGUUAUUCCUUCGCAGGAGAUGAUUGCACAAGGUGCCGCCAACAUACUGAGUCCUUUUGUUGGUGGCUACGUAUGCACAGGCUCUUUUGGUGCUUCUGCUGUCCUCUCCAAGGCUGCGGUACGCACCCCGCUAUCCGGCGUCUUCAGUGCAUUGGUCCUGGUGCUGGCAUUGUAUGCGCUUACAGCUGUCUUCUACUACAUACCAAAUGCAGCGCUCGCUGGUCUGAUCAUACACUCCACCGUCGAUCUGAUCAAGGGACCUAAGGACUUGCACAAGUACUACCAACUGUCACCGUUCGAACUCUUCAUUUGGGUUUGCGGCGUUGUCAUUGCAUUCUUUACAGAUCUCGAGACUGCAAUCUACAUCACUGUGGGAUUAUCUUUUGCAAUGCUUCUCGUUCGAAUGGCGAAGAGCCCGGGCAAGUUCCGAGGUACCGCUGAGGUGACGCGCAUAGUGCGCAACGAUCGCCUCUGCAAUCAAUCCAUGUCGACAACAAAUACAUCGCUGCCUCUACAGACAAAUGGCGAACACGAGGAUACCACUGGAGCUGCAGAAAAUGUUCGACAAGUCUACAUGCCUUACGACGUCACAGACAACCACAACCCAAACAUUACUGUGGAGCCGGCAUAUCCCGGCGUCUUCAUCUAUCGGUUCAGCGAGAACUUCAACUACAUUAACCAGGCCUACCACGUUGACUACCUUACCUCUUACAUCACGUCACACACGCGCCGAACCCAAGCCGAUGACGGUAUCCGCGCUUGUGAUCGCUUGUGGUGCGACACGCCACCUACCGAGAAGCUUAUUGAAGCGUCUUCUUCUCUUCCAGUUCUACGAGCCGUUGUUCUUGACUUCUCCACUGUCAACAUCCUCGACAUUACAAGCAUUGACGGACUAAAGAGCUUACGCGAUACGCUCGAUCGUCAUGCUGCGCCUGGAUUGGUAGAGUGGCAUUUUGCUGGCGUGCACAACCGGUGGACACGCAAAGCGCUCGCUUUCGCAGGUUUUGGCUUUCCUGCGAUGAUCACUGCCGGCUAUACGGGGAACUGGUGUCCAGCUUACACCGUCACGACCAGUUUUGCAGGUGCGACAGAUGAUGAGCGCAAAGAGAUAGAGGCUUCACAGCAGCAUAUACAGAGCAGAGACGAAGAGCAGGGCAAGGAGUCGAUUGACACACAUGCUCUUGAAAUGCAGUCGACUUCCACGAGCGAGAAGAGAAGGUUCUAUCCGACUCACGGAGUCGAUAGGCCGUUCUUCCACCUCGAUCUUCAUGAUGCCGUUGAUGCCGCGGUUCGUGAUGCGAAGAAGGCUGAUCAACUUGAGGCGCGCACGAGCUGUGUGUUGACUGCAUGGUCACAGCCACCUAAGCAGCGAGGAGAGGCAUAG